AUGGCCUCCGCAGUUACAGCAUGUGCGACCAUCACUCUCAAGGCCGGCCAAAACAUUGAGGAAUCACAGGCAUGGAAAGAUUCACUCACCACUAUUUCUCAACAAGCUGGCUACCAGCGAGCUUACUGGGGCCGCGAGGUGGACAACGCAGAUGUCGUACAACUGCUAGUUGAUUGGGACUCCAUUGCCUCAAACGGAGCCUUCAUCGCCUCCCCAGCCUACGCCUCAUUCAUGGAGAACCUCAGCACCAUCAUCACCGACAUCUCCCUCCACCACGUCCAGCAAACCACACCCACCGGACCCCACACCCUCCUCACCAGCGCCCCCGUCACAGAAGUCCUCACCCUGUACGCCUGCGACCCCUCAUACGUCGCUGAGAAAGUCCAGCCAUUCGCAGCUGCUAUCGCGGCCGCCAAGCCCGCUGGAUAUAGGGGGUAUGUCGUCGGUGAUGUCGUAGAGGAGAUUGAGAAGAAGGAUGGGACCGCGAAUGGCAAGGGCGUGAAGCUGUUUAUCGGUUGGGAUAGCAAAGAGCUCCACGAGCAGGCUAAGGCGUCGGAUCUUCUCAAGGAGAGUGUUGGGUUGCUUAAGGGGGGCAGUGGCGGGGCUGAGAUGUCUUAUGUGUCAUUCAAGCUUUUUUAA